UUAUUCUUUAGUUUUUCGAGUACAUGAUUUAAAAAACGGAAAGAUGAGUUUACGCGAGCCGCCUUCACCUCGUCGUUACAGAUCACCAGAUCGUAAUAAUAGAACUGAGAAAGGUAUGCAUCGUUAUCGUGAUCGAAAUGCGCCUUAUUAUCCAAGUUAUAUACAACAUGACGUUAGAUCUGAACACCGCUGUAAAUAUUACGACCGUAAUAAUUAUCGUAGUCGAAGUAGGGAACGUCAGUACAAUGGAAACUCUCAAUGGUUCAAUAAUCGUACAACAAAACCUUCAUAUCACCGCAAUACACGUGAAAAUAUGCCGUAUUCAAAAAAUUGGGAUCCUUCAAGCGCACCACCUAGUGUACCAUUUAAUGAAAAUCAUAAAAAUCGUAAUAAUAGUACAUCGCGUGAAAUUGCUCCACGUUGCUCAAGCACUCCAUUUAAAGCCACUGAUUCGUAUGGCUUUGUUGGUACAAACGGUACAGCUACAGCAAGUGACCCAAAUCAAAAAGCCAAUUACACCAAGGUUUUGAAGCAUUUAGUAAUUUCACAUCUUUUAACACAAUUAAUUCCAGCAAACAAUAUAACUGAGCAACAUUUUGAAAAUUUUCCCUUAAAGGAUUCCGACAAGAAUGUCAACCAUGCGAAUAAAUAUGUUGAUGAUCAUGAUGAGGGCUACGAUGCUGAUUCAGAAGAUUGUUUUGAUGAUUUUUUUUUUGAAAACUUAUACUACUCCAGUAAGUUAAGAAAAGAAAUAAGAAAGUAUCAUGAUAUUAAGAAGGAAUUAAUGGAAAUUUCUGCCGAAAUCCAAAUCAAAGAAAAACAAGAUAGAAAUGGAGGCAAUGAUAAUAAUGAUAUUAAUGAUAAUAAAAUUUGCAAUGAAACCAAAGCUUCAACUAUAACUUCAGAAUCCUAGAAUAGCAACUUUUAGGAACCUAUAAUAUUAAUCAAGCAAUUGUUUGUUACUAUAUAUGCUGCCAAAAAAUUAUUUAUUUAAAAUAAAAAAUUAAUUAAUAAUUAUUGAUCAAUGUCAAAAUCGACAACUAUCGAUAAAAAUGAAAUGAAUUCAAG